ACUGAAGACUGAAAAAAGUUUAUGAGAUCAAAAUGGUCGUCAUCAUCAAAGCAAAUGGAGACAUGGAGAGACUGGAUUCUGUGGGACGUCAAUUCCUUACUAUUCGUGGUUGUCGUGCUGGAUAAAGCUACUUAUCAAAUUCAACUCACUCCAGUUUGACAGAUAAGGAAAAGCGAUUGGUUGACUCGGAAAGUUUGACGAAGUAACGAAGUUGCUUGUUUUUCGGCGGGAGGAAGGACUUCCCUCGCAUGGUUCCAAAGAUUCCAGGAUUUUUCUUGUGUUGGUUCUCUGCUUCCCCUUUCAAUCGAGAGUAUCAAUUUUGCUGUGUUGAAGAUGUAUGUGGUGGAGAGCAAAGGGGGUGCCAUAGCCUGCAUGUUGCUUGCCCUUUUCUUCUUGGGUACUUGGCCUGCUAUAUUGACUCUUCUGGAGAGAAGGGGUCGGCUUCCUCAGCAUACUUACCUUGAUUACACCAUCACAAAUUUCUUAGCUGCCAUAAUAAUUGCUUUGACCUUUGGGGAGAUUGGCAAAAGCAAACAUGGCAUGCCAAACUUCAUAACUCAGCUUUCUCAGGACAAUUGGCCCAGUGUGAUGUUUGCAAUGGCAGGUGGAAUAGUUCUUAGCCUUGGGAACCUGUCUACCCAAUAUGCAUGGGCUUUUGUUGGUUUGUCAGUAACAGAGGUUAUCACUUCAAGCAUAACUGUAGUUAUAGGAACAACAUUAAAUUACUUUUUAGAUGACAAGAUUAACAAAGCCGAGAUUCUUUUCCCUGGUGCUGCAUGCUUCCUGAUUGCAGUUUGUCUUGGAUCUGCUGUUCACUCCUCCAAUGCAGCAGAUAAUAAAGCAAAGCUCAAAGAACUGUCAAAUAAUUACAAGCAUGGAACACGGAAUGUAGAAAUUUCAGUGCUUAAAGAAACAUUUCCAAACAAUGAUAAGACAAAGGAUCUGGAGAAUGGAGAUAAGUUUUCAGAGAAGACAAAGUUUGGAACGGCAGAUUUUCUCGUGGAACUUGAAAACAGAAGAGCUAUCAAGGUGUUUGGAAAGAGUAUUUUGAUUGGACUGGGCAUAACCUUCUUUGCUGGUUUUUGUUUCUCCCUCUUCUCACCAGCAUUCAACCUGGCAACAAAUGACCAGUGGCGCACAUUGAAAGAAGGGGUUCCUCAUUUGGUCGUGUACACUGCAUUCUUCUAUUUCUCGGCCUCUUGUUUCGCCAUUGCCAUCAUCCUAAACAUCACCUUCCUUUACCACCCUGUACUCAACCUACCAAAAUCAUCAAUAAAAGCUUAUCUAAGGGAUUGGAAUGGCAGAAAUUGGGCCUUUUUGGCAGGACUGUUGUGUGGGUUUGGGAAUGGUUUGCAGUUCAUGGGGGGUCAAGCUGCAGGGUAUGCUGCAGCUGAUGCUGUACAGGCACUUCCACUUGUGAGCACCUUUUGGGGCAUACUUGUGUUUGGAGAGUACAGGAGGUCAUCCAGAAGAACAUAUAUUUUGCUCGCGAGCAUGUUGUUCAUGUUUGUUGUGGCUGUAGCAGUGCUGAUGGCAUCAUCAGGACAUAGGAAAACAUAAUGUUAAUAAGCAUAGAAAUGCAGGAUCCUUAAAUCUAUAGAAAUUUCCAUGGAAAUUAAAAGCAGUUACCAUGACAAAAGAGAUUGAACAAGGAUUAAAUGCUCUAAAGAUUGUAAACUAAUCUUCAAGGCAUCCAUUUGGAAAAGAAGUCUUUAAUCAAUUGUAAUGCAUUUAUUAUCAGAUAUCUUUUACUUCAAUAAAUACAUGUUUUCUUUCUC